CUCACUGCCACAGGAUAUCAUUGAGACCAAGAAGAUAGCAAGAUUGAAAAGGUGACUGGCCAUUUCAACAGAUAACAAGAACAUUCAGAAUUAUAAUUAAUGACAACAAAAAUUGUGGCAGAGAUAUUAAACCUCCUGCUUCGGGGCUUACGGCGAUCUCUAACUACUGGAGACCAAGAUGAGACCUAAGAUUACCCCACAUCUCCUCCUGAAAGGUCCUUACAGCUUCUUCCUCAGCAUCUGAUACUGGCCACUGAUGUUGACAGGAGACCGAGCCAGUCCGGCCAUUCCUGUGCUCCUGUAUUCCUAAUCCAGGUUUCCUGAAUUUCAGUCUAGUGCCUUAGCCACUGGGCAACACUGCCUUUCCGAAAGAAGACAUUUUAAAAACCCCAAUCUUAUGUGGUAUAAGUAUUAGGAAUGUAUUGAAAUUAAUAGAGUGGGUGAAUUAAUAGAGUGGGUCAUAGAAGGCCCUUUAAUUUUUCUGAUAAUUUAGAAGCAUCAGAAGCUGUUGGUGGCUUCUUGAGCUCCCACACCUAGAUCGCUCCACAGACAAAUUCUGCCCUCUUCUUUUCUGCUUUUUCUCCUUUCCACCUGUGCAGCCACUCUGCCCUCCUCUAGUGGCAAAGAAAGGAAUUGCAGGAUGUGGGGUGGCUGUUGCUCAGGUCCCAGGGAGAUUUCCUUGUGCAUUCUGUCUCCCAUGUGGCCAGUUCCCUGCCUGAAGACAACUAGUACAUUGGUCCAAGCACAAUAAAGUGAGCAGCUGCAGGACUUACUCCCCUGGCCUCCGCGUGGAGAGAGGGUUAAACCGGGCUGCUGGAGCCAGAAGGGACACAGCAGGAACAUAAAGGCAAGUCAGAGGAGCGGGAUUUCCCCGUGAUGAGUCACUGACCCAAAGGAGUUCCUGCAUCCACCUGUGCCCUGAUCAUUCUGCCGUGAGCAAAGCUCAAAAGCCCAACCCGAGGGGAGUCUCCACUAGCCAGCGGGGCAGUUGGGAUUUGCCUGCUGACCCCCAUCCUCACCAGAGAUGGAUCCCAGGACAUCCCUCUACCUCGUGCUCAUCUUCAUUGCCUGGGGUGCCUGCUCCCAGGAGAACUGUCUCUGCGCCCGCGGCUUUUGUGACGAAGGCUGGGUGCAGUAUCAAGGCUCCUGCUAUAAGGCUGUGAUGGAACCGACAAACUGGCACGAAGCUGAGGUGGCGUGUCAAAGCCACGGCAGGAAUUCCCAUCUGGCCUCCAUCCACAGUGCAGAGGAAAAUGACUUCAUCUUUCACCUGAUGGGCAAGCCGCUGGAUUACACUAACGGGCAGGCCUACUGGAUCGGCGCACAUGACACUUUCAAGGUAGCUCCUGCCUCACCCGUCUGGCACAACCCGCCAUCAGAGCAACUGCACCUUCAGCGCAAUCGCCAGGGAUGGAGGGUCAGACUGGCAUUUCCACUUAUACCAGGGGGACAUCGUGGGGUUGAGGGCAGAAUUUGGUUCCCUGCGUCUUACAUUGGGGGCUUCGUCACCUGGAACGACUAUGGCCCCAGCUGGUCUUUCCUGUUCGUUUGCAAAUACACCCUGCGGAACAGCUGCGGGGACCCCUCCUGGUAA